GCACAGAGCCGGGCGGGCGGCACGAGUAGAAGGCUGCAGGGAGUGAGGUGCGUGGAAUAGAGCGUAGGUUUGAGUGUCUGAACCUUUCUUGAACCGAAUCCAGGUCUCAUUGGGAGCUUCGAUUGAGCUCCCGCAAGCACAUAAUUGAGUCAUAGACGUUGAGAGCGCCCAUUUGGAUUCCAGGUGCUUACUUUCAGGUUAAGAUGUCUUACUAUUCCUCAUCACGUAGUUCCUCGCGCUCUUCUGAUUGUAAGGUAUAUGUUGGUGACUUGGGUAGUGGAGCUGCGAAGGGAGAGCUUGAGAGGGCUUUCAGUUACUAUGGUCCUCUGCGCAGUGUAUGGGUAGCACGCAACCCUCCUGGCUUUGCUUUUGUGGAAUAUGAAGACUCCCGAGAUGCAGUUGAUGCUGUUAAGGGAAUGGAUGGAAAGGUGCUUUGUGGCUCACGUAUUCGUGUAGAACUGUCCACAGGAAUGUCCAGGAAGACACGAUAUGGCCGCCCGAGUCGAAGACACUUUGACCCUAAUGACCGAUGUUACCAAUGUGGUGAGCGAGGCCACUAUGCAUAUGACUGCUACCGUUACAACAACAAAAGAAGUGGAGGGCGCCGUAGCAGGUCUCGGUCCCGAUCUCGGUCCAGGUCCCGUUCACGGUCCAGAGGGAACCGCUAUAAUCGUUCUCGUAGUCGCAGCAAUGAUCGGUAUCACUCUCCAUCUUAUUCUAAGAGGAAAAGCAGGUCUGGCUCCCCAGCACGAUCCAAGUCCCGAACUCCAGUGAGAAGCCGAUCAAGAUCCAGAUCUGCUUCUCACUCCAGAGCACGGUCCGCAUCCAGGUCUAGAUCACGGUCCCAAUCACGAUCCCCUACUCCUAAAAGAGAAAGCCGUUCCAGAACCCCAACCCCUCAAGAAAGUCCAAAUCAUGAAGAGGCCGAAUGAAGACCGGCAGAAGACCUGUUGUCAGCAAAAUGAUCUUAAUUGUAUAAUUUUUACGUUUUAAAAAUACAAACACCUAGUUAAUUUUAGUGCCUUCCCGCUCCCUUUACAUUCCAUUGCGCCCCCUUUUUUAAAACUUGGAUGGGACUUUUUCAAUCCCUUUUACAGUGAGUAUUUUUUUUAUUUACUGUACCUAAAAUCUUCAUGUAUUUAUGCAGAGCCUACUUUGGGAAUGAACACCAUUUAUCGCUAGAACUGUAAUUACUUUUGGACAGAAUUUGGCCCCAAGUUAUCUGUACAUUUAGUCUUAAUUGUACAGUUUGUUACUGUUUGUCAGUAACAUUACAUUUUACUUCAAAACCAAGUUGCUUUUACAUUUGUCUUGUUAAUUAAAUAAAUCUUUCUCCCAUGGCUUUUGUGUAUAUGUAAUGAGGCAGCAGUAGUCCCUGUACUGCUCUUUUGGAUUUUUGUUAAAACCCCAUAUACCAUGAGGGGAGGAGUUAGGAGUGUUUAUGUAUUUUUGUGGGAGUAGGGGCUCCCUUUCUCCCUCCCACCCCCCUUUCCUCCCAUUUUCUUUGCAUUAAAUUUGUGAUUCUCUUUUUAGGGACUUGGAAAAUGUCCCCGACUCUUUGGGCUAUGAGUUUGGAGUUGGGUUGGACAAAGAGCUUUGCUUGAACUUCUGUUUUGGGGUGGGUUUUGUUUUGAUCUUGCUCAGCUUUGAGAAAAAUGGGUAAAACUAAUGUGCAGAAUGCUUGUAUAUUUUUUCGUUUUUUUUUUUUCUCCUUUUGACCACUGUACUCUGACAAGAAUGAAUGGUAAUGUUUUAACAGGAAUAUCUAUUUCUUUAAAAAUGUUUCCUGGUCUCAUUGUUUGUAUGGUCCUAUAUAUUAUUUAUUAUUAUUUUUUUCCUUCCCCUAUGCACGUUUCCAGGGGCAGACCAAACUUACUCCUAGAGGUCCAUGCUGGCUGCGGGUUUUAAUUGAAGCAAACAUAAUAUCUUCUACUGUGAGCCUGUGAUGGAAUGUCCUGGCUAAUUAUUUGUCCCCUUGUUCCUGAAUUUAAAAAGUAUAUAGAAGGUUCCAUUGUGAUUUGUGACAGCAGUGCAAAUAUACAGAGUUUCAGUUCAUGCUACUAUAUUUACUGUGAUAGUUUUGUGCUGGAUCAUUAUUUGUUGAAAGGUAGGCCACCUCUGAAAAGCAGAUAGCAGUGUGAAAGAAGGGGACUCUUAAACUCAUCUGCUUUUUGAGAAACUUUCUGCUCAAUUCAGGACACUUAAAAACUAGAUGAUAAAAAGCUAAAUUAUUGCUAAGAAAAAGCUCAUUUAAGCUAAAGUUUCACUUAAAGGUGGGAUUUAUUUGAUUGGAAUGAAUACCUGUAGGCCUACAUGACACCUUCUUGAGGCCUGGUUUAAAGGAAUGAGACAUGUUUAGAUUGGUGAAAUUCCAGGUGGUCAGAUAAAUGAAGGCUGUCAGUUUGGGUCUGUCCACCUCAAUGAAUGGGGAAAAUGACUUGUGUAUUCAUGUUUUGCAAACACAAUUGUCCUCGAUUGUGUCAUUAAAAACAUUUUUUUUUUCCUGCAAUAAAACUUGUAUGUGGUAAA